AUGGGUAUGAAAUACGGGGUGUACAUGGCAAAUUUCAGCCGGACACAGCAAGGGAUGGAAACUAUUGGACUUCCGCCGUCACCAUUGUUGCAGAGAAUCGCGUGGUUGCUGGUUUGGGGAAGGAGGGAUCAAAUUAUAGAAAUCCUCUUCUCAUCGCCGCGCUACUAUGAUGGUCUCCGACAAUGGGCAAUGAUCUCCGGGAGUAGGCGGCGCCGUCGGAGGAGUGGCUUAAGUGGGAAGAUUGUUUCAACAGGUAACCUUUGGAAAGAAGAGACAGGGUGUCUGGAGUGGCUUAACCCAAAGAAACGGAACUCAGUGGUGUACGUGAACUUCGGUAGCAUAACAGUCUUGACACCGCAGCAACUCGUUGAAUUCGCUUGGGGACUUGCGAAUAGUAAGAAAAACUUUGUUUGGAUAAUCAGGUCAGACACUGUAGUUGGCGAUUCUGCUAAUUUGCCGUCUGAGUUUGUCGAAGAAACUAAAGAGAGAGGCCUCAUUGCAAGUUGGUGCCCACAAGAACAGGUGCUCAACCACCCGUCUAUUGGAGUUUUCCUAACGCAUUGUGGCUGGAACUCGACAAUUGAAAGCAUGUCUUGUGGUGUGCCGAUGAUCUGCUGGCCAUUCUUUGCUGAUCAGUUCAUUAAUUGUAGGUUUUCAUGCACGGAAUGGGGUGUUGGCUUAGAAAUUGAUAAUAAUGUCGAUAGAGUUGAAGUAGAGAAGAUUGUGAGGGAACUAAUUGAUGGAAAGAAGGGUAAGAAGAUGAAGAAUAAAGCAGUUGAGUGGAUGAAAAAGGCUAAAGGAGCCACCGAAAUCAAUGGUUCAUCUCACUUGAACUUUGAUAAAUUUGUGGAGGUGCUGCUGUCCAAGAAGAACAAUAAUAUGAUGGCUUGAUGAACAUUCCACAUGUAAUGGUUCAUCUUUUCUUUGGAGAGUUGACCACAGAGGCCUAAUUGAGAAUUUGCAAUUAUUUCAAUAUUAAAGUUUUUUCUAAUUA